AUGAGAGGUAUGUAUAUUCACAGCAGACAGUGAACAAAACCUGUGGUUGUUGUUGUUGUUAUGGUAGCACAUACUAACCUCGCUGAUGUCUAGAUUACAAAGUUGUGGUUUUAGGAGCAGGUGGUGUUGGAAAAUCUUCAAUCACAGUCCAAUUUGUCCAAGGCGUUUAUAUUGAAAGCUAUGAUCCCACGAUAGAAGACUCUUAUAGAAAGCAAAUAGAGGUCGACGGCCGUGCUUGUGAUUUGGAGAUCUUGGACACAGCAGGUGUAGCUCAAUUCACAGCAAUGAGAGAGUUGUACAUCAAAAGUGGGAAGGGAUUCCUCUUGGUUUAUUCCGUCACCGACGAAAACUCAUUAAAGGAACUUUUAGCCUUGCGUGAGCAAGUUUUACGAAUCAAAGACAGUGAUAAUGUGCCAAUGGUGUUGGUUGGAAACAAAUGCGAUUUGGAGGAGGAUCGAGUAUUGAGUAUAAGUGACGGGGUUAGAGUGAGUCAAGACUGGGGGUUGGUCCCGUUUUAUGAAACGAGUGCCAUGUACAAAACCAACGUUGACGAAGCUUUUAUUGAUGUUGUGAGGCAAAUCAUGAGAAAAGAGGCUGCUGUGACUGCAGAAAAGAAACAGCAAAAGGAGAAACAGAAACUAGAACAAAGCCAACUUAACGGUCAACAGCAAUCGAGCCAGAUUGGUGAUAAUGGCAAUUUGCAACAGGGUUCAGCUGGGUUAAAUGGACAAACUAACGGCAACGCAAGUACAAAUGCAACCAAUAUCCCUAGAAACAGUCAAUCCAAACUUGACAAGGAGAAAUCGAGUUCAGAAAGUAAAUGCUGUACAAUCAUGUGA